GAAUGUGUAUGCAUGUCUGAGUCAGUAAGUGAAUCGAUUCCUCUUCCAGUGGAUCGAGCCAGACAGCAGUCAGCACCCAAUUGAAGAGUGUCUCUUCUGGGCUCAAGUGCUGCUCAGAGCCACUGAUUCCACCAGGGAACCGCAGACACUGGCAGGAGGACUGGAGGAGGUGGUGGAAAGGGGAGGAGUGACACCGGUUAACAGAUUAAAGCCCUCUCCUGUUUCUCUCUCUCUUUCAUUCCCUCCGAGUGAGGAGAGACAACUCUAGAAACUGCAUACUCUAAUCAGAUUGCUUCUGUGUAAUUUGUUCCUCUCAAUUACUUGUCCUUUCUUGAGUUUUUACACCGCUGCGGUCUGGGGGAAAUGCAGGGCACGAUUCAAAAGGAGGACUAGUGCAUCUCUUGUGCUGCCGCCUCUGUCCUUCUUUCUCUCUCUUUCUUUAAAUGUAAGUGGAAGGUGAUUGGGGGGGAGUGAAUUAGGGAGCGGGGAUAACCCGUUGCAGCCAGCUGGAGAGAUGGGCAAAUCCAACAGCAAACUAAAGCCUGAGGUAGUGGAAGAGCUGUGCAGAAAGACCUACUUCACAGAGAAAGAGGUUCAGCAGUGGUAUAAGGGUUUUAUCAAAGACUGUCCCAGUGGUCAGUUGGACGCAGCUGGCUUUCAGAAGAUCUACAAGCAAUUCUUCCCCUUCGGUGAUCCCACCAAAUUUGCCACCUUUGUCUUCAAUGUCUUUGAUGAAAACAAGGAUGGACGAAUUGAGUUCUCAGAGUUCAUUCAAGCUUUGUCUGUCACAUCCAGAGGGACGCUGGAUGAAAAACUCAGAUGGGCCUUUAAACUUUAUGAUCUUGAUAAUGAUGGCUACAUAACCCGAGAUGAGAUGCUGAACAUCGUGGAUGCCAUCUACCAGAUGGUGGGGAACACAGUGGACUUACCUGAGGAGGAAAACACACCAGAGAAAAGAGUUGACCGCAUCUUUGAUAUGAUGGAUAAGAAUGCAGAUGGGAUGUUGACUCUGCAGGAGUUUCAGGAGGGCUCCAAGGCAGACCCCUCUAUUGUACAAGCACUCUCCCUUUAUGACGGCCUGGUGUAGGCCCAUCUCAAAGUGGAGUUCAGUAAUCAAAACAGUCCAUUUACAGUAUAUCAUCCUGCCGGCACUGUGAGAGGAAAACUGACCUGCCACCAACCUCUUGGACAUGCCAAGUGCCAACACGAAGGUGCAUUGUAGGUGUUGCUCAUAAGAGGGGAUCAGCUGUCAGUCACUCAUCUCCACUGUCACUGGAAAACUCCAAAAUCCACUCAAGACAACAUGAACCCUUGCAGAACUCAUUUUGGGAUGAGUGAUGUACAGUAAAAGAACCUCAUGAGAGUCUAAUGGGUAUAGUGCCCUUUUUGUAAAGAAGACACUCAAUAUGGACAGUGACUUUGAGGACAUCCACAUCAGUGUUAUUACAUGUAAAACUCAUAUUCGAAACACCAAUGAAUGAGUUCCUUAUAUUGCUAUGGACUUUGUCAUAGGACCCAGCUGGAUUUUGGUCUAGCCUUCACUGCAUGAUGAACAAAGAUGCAUUUGCAGCGUUCCAUGGGCUUCAGCAAGCACUGGCAUUGAACAACAUGCGUCUAUCUGUAUUUAUUUAUAUAACCUUUCUAUUUAAAUUAGCAAUCUUCAAAAAUAAACAAAAACGUAUAAAUCUCCUUAUAAAUCUCAUGUUUAUUCUUGAGACCUGAGAGUUAACGUCUGACAGCCAUGAUGUAUUAUACUGAGACUGUAUUUACUCACAUGCCCCUGCUUUGCUUGACCCAUAGACAGUCUCACUGUACACCUUUUGUAGAAUGCAAAUUUUCUACAGUAUUGCAUAUGACUGUCAUGAUGGUGUGGGCGCAUAUAUGUGAUGAAGUCAUCACUGGUAAACAUGUUCUUCUCAGACAGCUAUUGUGUUGCACAUCUGGCUUGUUUGAAAGUAUGAGAUUCAUUUUGUACCAAUAGCAUAUACAGAAUUCAUCAGCACUGCCCAUGCCCACAGUGUUUGAAGUGUUGGUGUAUUUAGAUUACUGCUAAUGUUACAGGUGUGGUUUAAAUUGCAAUUAAAUUGUGGUCUUUUUUUUAA